CCUACACUACACUACAUUUCCCUCCCUCUCUCAUGUUAAGGGGAUUCACUUAUUUAAAAGACUUGGACAAAGGCUGUGUGUGCAUAUUUUUGGGUCGGCUUAAACCCACACAAACUGGGAGGAAUCUAAUUAUAAAGCUCCCGGCGAGCCAAACCAAGCCCAUCGUGGGAGUCUAGACCUUCAAUGAAAGAGGUCCUGCGAAGCUCCAGGACAACAAACGUCAACAUCAGGUCUGUCUGAACCAGUUGGAUCAUCUGCCUUUUUUUUCCAGGACACAGGAGCCUCAUAGAGAGCUCCGCACAACACAUCUCAAGCUGUCUCUUCGGCUGCUUCCAGCGAUUAUUAUGGACAAUGAGGACGAUGAUGAUGGAAACUUCACCAAGUGGAUGAGCAGUUAUUGGGGCCACGGGGUUGGGGAGGAGCACGCCAAAGAGAGGAAGAGGAGCUUCAGGAGGCCGUCCAGCAAGAAAACUGACCGCCGUGCAUCACUGCCCUGCAUGUCUCAGCUAGAAGCCAUGCAGGCGAACCAUCUCCAUGUUAACACCAUGGCCCCUGUGCCUGUCCAUCUAAAGAGCCGUGAGGACAAAGAGGUGCACUCUCACCCUCGCGCUCGCCGUGUGUCUUCAGAUGAAAGCAGCCGAAACAAAGUGGGACCUGAAUGUCACAUCACCACCAUCCCUGAGCUCUCUGAGUGCUUAGAAAGGAGGCUGCGUUUCCACAACCACAAGCCAGAUCCAGAUAGCAUAUGUCUCAUUUGCCAUGAAGGACUACGGAAAGAAAGGGGUGGUUUCCAGGAGCUUUACUGCAGCCAUCAUUUUCAUAAAGAGACAAAAUGGCCGGAGCAUGGCACGCGGCCACGUAGUGGGAGUUCUGCACCGGCGUGUGAACGAGGAAAGGAGAUACCAUUCUGUCCAGGACAAGAGGAAUAUCGUUUGCCGCGCCGCCAACUCUCUUUACGUCGACAACGUUGAUUAUUUUCAGUGUAACAUUUAUGUAUUAAUAAUCGUUCAGAUUUUGUGUUUACCUACACAC